AUGACAACCUUCCGUCUUGGCCCUCUUCAUAAUAUUCCAGCAAACCGUCGCACACCAUAUGUUCAAGCUGAUGGGAUCGUAACACCACAUGGUUAUCUUCGUAUUGUAGAGAUGGUCCUAGGUAUUGUUGCAGUGAUUCUAAUUAGUUGCUGGCAUCUUGAUCUCGAUUAUACCUGUAGGCACGAGAAUCAAACUAUUUAUGGCUAUCAAGACUCUAUAACUUCAUUCACAUUAACAGGUGUUCAACUACAUGAUUGUGACGGUUCAUAUCGAACCCUUUGGCACCAUAAUGAUAAUGCUGGAAAGCGUUUGAUAUUCUUUAACCUAAUCAGUUCCAUAGAACUAGGUCUAUCGUCAGUAAUAGUCAUAAUAUAUUUAUUGUUUUGGGGACAAUACUGUCGAAAUGAAAUAUUCCCCCUUUUGUACAUAGCUACGUCGACUAUGAUGACAAUCGUUUUUCUGAUUUGUACUGUCAUCUGGUGGACUGCUAUAACUGACAUCAUAACGGCAACAAGCAAAGAUUAUAUUGAAAAUUUGUUAACUGAAAAUGCUGGCUUCUGGGAUCAGAACAGUGAGAACAUGAUUCUGUAUGUGAAUUGCAACCAUUGGAUGCUCAUUGUGUCAGGGAUGUUUCCGUUUUGCGCGUUUGUUUUGAAUUUGGUGAGCUCAGGUUUUCUUUUCGGCCGUAAGUAA